UGCCUAGUGAGAAGUGCCAAUAUGGCCGACCGCUGGCUUCAAAACCCCUCACUUGCCAAUACAUUGCAUCAGCAGCAAUCCAGGGUAGAUAUAGGCUACAUCAUUGGUAAAGAAAGACCAAAGGAACAUAUGAAAACUGCAAUCUCGUAUAGCCUAAUAAUCGACAAAUAGGUGGACUACAAAUACUGACCAAUGGGAGCCGAGUUCGCCUACUAUAAAGAACCAUCUCCAAGAACAUUUUCCACCGGAAAGCCAAAUAACGGAUCAGCCAUGCCGUUCGGAAACACCCACAACGCGCUGAAGAUGAAGUACGCUUCUAGUGAGGAGUACCCAGAUCUCAGCCAGCACAAUAAUCAUAUGGCCAAGAUCUUGACUCCUGCCAUCUACGAGCGUCUAAGGAGCAAACAAACGCCCAGUGGUUUUACAUUGGAUGAUGUCAUUCAAACCGGGAUUGAUAACCCAGGCCAUCCAUUCAUCAUGACUGUGGGAUGUGUGGCUGGAGAUGAGGAAACAUACGAGGUCUUCAAGGAGCUGCUGGACCCCAUCAUUGAGGACAGACAUGGAGGAUACAAGCCUACAGACAAGCACAAGACCGACCUCAACCCAAACAACCUGAAGGGUGGAGAUGACCUGGACCCCAACUACGUCCUUAGCUCCCGUGUCCGAACAGGAAGGAGCAUCCGGGGGUUCUGUCUGCCCCCACACUGCAGCCGUGGAGAGCGAAGGGCCGUUGAGAAAAUGUCUGUUGAAGCUCUGGACUCCCUGUCCGGUGACCUGAAGGGGAAGUACUACGCCCUGAAAAACAUGACAGAUGCUGAGCAGCAGCAGCUGAUUGAUGACCACUUCCUGUUUGACAAGCCUGUGUCUCCUCUGCUGCUGGCCUCUGGCAUGGCCCGGGACUGGCCCGAUGGCAGGGGGAUCUGGCACAAUGAUACCAAGACCUUCCUGGUUUGGGUCAACGAGGAGGACCACCUGCGUGUCAUCUCCAUGCAGAAGGGUGGCAACAUGAAGGAGGUGUUCAACCGUUUCUGUACUGGCCUCACAAAGAUUGAAACCCUGUUCAAAGAUAAGGGCACUUCAUUCAUGUGGAACGGGCACUUAGGCUACGUGCUCACCUGCCCAUCCAACCUGGGAACAGGGCUGCGUGCUGGAGUCCACGUCAAGAUCCCCAACAUGAGCAAGCAUGCCAAAUUCGAGGAGGUACUCAAGAGGCUAAGGCUUCAGAAACGUGGAACAGGUGGAGUAGACACCGCAGCCGUGGGUGGAACCUUCGACAUCUCCAAUGCCGAUCGCCUGGGCUUCUCCGAGGUGGAGCUGGUGCAGAUGGUUGUGGAUGGAGUCAAGCUGCUGGUUGAGAUGGAGAAGAAGCUGGAGAAAGGCCAGUCUAUCGACGGCAUCAUGCCCACCCAGAAGUGAAAACUCUUGUGAUUGCUUCCCUUUGCCAUCUGAAUGAAUGUGUGACACUAUCCUGGAAUGCACUUACUCUCUCACAAGGUCCUCUUUCAUUGUGAUAGUGGAUUUGAAAAUAAAAAAAACUGUUUCAA